AUGCCUGCUCAAAACAAGAGGCAGAAAGUGGAAGACGGCGGUCCUAGACCCGCCGCCUCCGGGAUACCGGAGGAAGAGGCAUCUCAACCGUUUGAUUUUAUGAGUUUGUGCGAGACUAUUGACGUGGUUGCUUCGAGUAGACCGCCUGAAGGUACAUCUGCAGCCCCUGCUACAGCAUCUGAACCUGUUAUAGAGUCUGAUAAAGACCCUUGUUCUUACGAGUUCUUAAAGAAGGAAUUGGUUAAAAAUGCUGUCACUAGAUGUACCAUAGAGGGCGUACAGUUUGAUGUCAUGGGCGAUGACUUGAUAUCUAGGAUAGCUGAAUUGCAGAUAACUAAGAGGGAGUUAUACGAUAAUAACAGUAACGAGCCUUUGCCUAUGGGUGUUUUAGACUUAAAAUUGGGUUCCAACAGAGCUGGUGGUAUCUGUAAAACUUGUGGUAAAGACCUGAAACAAUGUGUUGGCCAUUGGGGAUAUAUCCAACUGCAAAUGCCAGUUUUCCACAUAGGAUUCUUCAAAUACACCAUACAGAUACUGUAUUGUAUAUGUAAAAAGUGUUCCCACCUUUUGCUGCCGGAUCACGUAGUGAAAAAGUUUUUAGAGGCACAUAGGCGACGACUGGAUGACCCGUUGCUGAGACCACUUCUGUUUAAACAGAUUAUGCAAGAAUGCCGUAAGAUCACCAAAUGCCCACGUUGUGAAGCAAGACAAGGUGUUAUUCGUCGCAUAGUGAAACCUGUUAUGGACCAGUUUAUGAAAUUGCGUCAUGUGAUUAAGUUCAAGGAUGGUGGUAAAAUGCAGACAUUUGAAGAGGACCUUAAUCCGUUGGUUGUGAAACAAUUAUUUGAGGCCAUAGAUCCAAUACAUGCUAAAAUCCUUAAUGUAGUAUCGCCAGAAAAACUACUCAUCAAUAACCUGGCGGUACCACCUAGCUGUAUCCGGCCUAGUGUAACCAUCGAAGGACAGGGUACUACCGAGGAUGAUUUGACAUGUAUAUUUUCUGAUAUUGUCGAGUUAAACAACGGUUGGAAAAACCAAAUAAGGAACGGCAGUCAAAUAAGCCAGUUCAUUUUAAGUUGGCAGUGUCUGCAACUGCAAUGUACACGGCUUGUUAAUGCCGAUGCACCCGCGGUAUCACAGCUACUUGUCUCACGUAAUAUAUCCAAACCUGGACGUGGUAUAUGCCAACGUCUUAAAGGGAAAGAAGGACGGUUCAGGGGCAACCUAAGUGGGAAGCGUGUGGACUUUUCUGCAAGAACGGUUAUAUCACCAGAUCCAAACGUAGGUGUCGAUGAAGUAGUUGUACCAGAAUGGAUCGCUACAAAGUUGACGUUCCCCGAAGAAGUUACUGCAUCUAAUAUCGGUAUAAUGAAGAAGGCAGUUUUAAAUGGCGUGUCGAUAUGGCCUGGUGCAACGUAUGUGAAGAAACGAAACGGUGGUAAAUGUAGCCUACAAUAUGCCAAUCCGAAAUACAUGAGUGACAAUCUGGCGAUAGGAGAUGUGGUAUUACGCCAUCUGUGGAACGGGGACGUAGUGCUGUUCAAUCGCCAACCAUCGUUACAUCGAAUGAGUAUCAUGGCACAUAGGGUACGAGUGAUGCCAGGAUCAACAUUCCGUUUCAACGAGUGUGUUUGCCAACCUUACAAUGCUGAUUUCGAUGGUGAUGAAAUGAAUCUACAUCUGCCUCAGACCUACGAAGCGAAAGCGGAAGCGCUACACCUUAUGAGUGUUCUGCAUAAUCUUACAACACCAAGGAACGGUGAACCGUUAAUAGCAGCUGUCCAGGAUUUCCUGUGUGCAAGUUAUCUACUCACCUCCAAGGAUAGGUUCCUUACAAGAGCUGACUUCUGCCAAGCAUGCUGCCACUUUACAGAUGCUGGGUGCCAAAUAGAUCUCCCUCCACCAGCGAUUAUAUAUCCAGUAACUUUAUGGACUGGUAAACAGGUAUUCAAUGCACUACUUCGUCCUAACCGUGGUUGCAAAGUUGUUGUCAACUUUGAGUGCAGGGAACGGGAGUUCCAGGACCCGCCUGCAGGGCUGAAUAACUGUAUGUGUCCUAAGGAUGGAUAUGUUGUAUUCCACAAUAGUGAGUUGGUAUGCGGUGCACUUGGCAAAAAAUCACUCGGAGCCUCUAAAAGUGGUCUGUUUUACCAAUUACUGACCAGAAACAACCGUUACAUAGCAGCAGAGUGUAUGUUAAGGGUUUCGAAAUUGACAAGUCGUUGGCUAGCAAGUUUCGGUAUGACUAUAGGUCUAGAUGAUGUACGUCCAGGUCAGGAACUGUUACGUCAAAAGGAAGAGCUUUUAGAGAAGGGUUAUGCCAAAGUUUCAGAAGCUAUAAAUAGUUUUAGUACACUCCAAGCGCUUCCAGGUUGUACCCGUGAAGAGACUUUGGAGCUACAGGUAAAAUGUAUCCUUGAUGAGCUUCGAAAUGAAGCUGGUAAGGCGUGUAAUUCAAAUUUAAGAGCUGAUAAUAAACCUCUGAUAAUGUUCAAUUCAGGUGCUAAAGGAGCGUUGAUCAACAUCGCACAAAUGGUUGCUCUAGUCGGUCAACAAAACGUUUCGGGUCAGAGGAUAGAGAACGGUUUUAUAGGUCGUACACUUCCACAUUUUGAUAUAGGUUGUAUGGAUGCUAAGAGUCGUGGUUUUGUAGCUAAUUCGUUUUUUUCCGGGCUUGGUCCUGAGGAAUUCUUUUUCCAUACAAUGUCAGGUCGUGAGGGGCUCAUCGACACUGCCGUGAAGACUAGUGAAACUGGUUAUAUGCAACGUCGUUUGAUGAAGGCGCUAGAAGUAUUAUCGGUAUGUUAUGACCAUACGGUACGUACAACAGAUGGUCAUGUUGUCCAGUUCCUUUAUGGUGACGAUGGUCUGGGCGGUGCUUCUUUGCACAUGGACACUGGCGCACUUGACGAGACGCUUAGACAUAUCCGCAGUAUCACACCACACAUAUCACAGUCCUGCGAGAGUUAUGUAGGUAAACUUGAAAUCUUGCCUAUGGAUGUAGCCCAAAGCGGUAUGGAGAUAGUACAAGAGAUUUUAGAUGACCAAUCGCUUUUGAAACUUCUGCCCAGACAACUACAGAAGAAGCUGGAUACAUUCCAGCAUUGGGAGCAUACCUCGAUAACUGUUCGUCGUGUGGUUGAUGACGCGAUAUCGGAACGCGUGCUUAACAGUUUGAAAGCUUUUGUUGCAGUGUACAAGAGGCUGGGUGUACUGGAGCGAAAUCUACCACUGUUCCCGGAUGAGAUUAUAAGUUGGGCAGAGUUCCUCACCGUACUUAUGAAGGAAGUAUUGCCCACAGCGCUACAAGACCAUUUUGAACUGUCACAUGAGGGCUCUGAUGAUAUAGAGUUGCGCCAGAGGCACGACUACAAUUCAUCCAUAGUGUCAACAUUGAAAAAAUGGACCAGUGGGAUGGAUAUGCAAGUUAGUUAUGACGAGCUUUGCAAAAUGUUCUAUACUAGUGGCAAGACUGCUGUGCAGUAUCGUCUUGAUAUGAUAAAAUGCCAGCAUCGUAUAUCUGUGCGUCAGAUAUUUGAAUUUGUACGGUGUUGCUGGAAAGAUUAUCAGCGUGCUAUUUGCGUACCCGGGGAAGCUAUAGGAGCCCUUGGUGCACAAUCUAUCGGUGAACCCGGCACUCAGAUGACCUUGAAAACCUUCCACUUUGCCGGUGUAGCUUCUAUGAACGUAACACUUGGUGUUCCCAGGAUUAAGGAGAUCAUCAAUGCAUCUAGUGUCAUCCAGACGCCAAUUAUGGAGGUACCUUUGGUGAACAAUAAGGAUUUCACUAAUGCGUUAAUGGUUAAGAGCCGUAUUGAAAAAACAACCUUGGGGCAAGUUUGCAGUAACAUAAAGGAGAUCUUCGGUCCAACGGGGGCGUUUUUGAAGAUAACGCUGAACUCUAAUUUGAUCGAGAAACUGCUGUUACCCAUCGAUGCCGAAAAGGUUCGUGAUAUUAUUAUGGAGAACAGUGUGAUUAACAAAUUUAAAUUAGGGAAGCAGUGUGUCCAGGUUGUUGGCAAAUGGCAAUUGACAAUUGAACUUGCUGCUAACCAGCAGCAAUUAUUCCAGCAGCAUGCGUUAAUUGUCACUUUAUUACAGAUUAUGGUUGCUGGUGGUAGGAGUAUCAAGCGUGCUGUCAUUAAGAAAGAGACGGAUUCUGAUGGUUUCCGCUACCAAUUGGCGGUUGAGGGGUAUGGUUUGCAGGAGGUAAUCGGUGCUGCGGGUGUUGCUUCUACCGGUGUCAAGAGUAACCACGUUUUAGAGGUUGCUAGGGUACUAGGUAUAGAGGCAGCCCGUAGCGUGAUAAUUAGUGAGAUCCAGAAAUGUAUGGAUGCUUACUCUAUAGAUAUAGAUCAGCGUUAUAUGAAGCUAUUAGGUGAUGUUAUGACAUUCCGUGGCGAGGUGAUUGGUAUAAACCGUUUCGGUAUCCAGAAGAUGCGUUCUUCAACAUUGAUGCUCGCAUCUUUUGAAGAGACUAAUGAACACCUCUUUGAGGCCGCAGUCCAUAGGCUGCAUGACCCUAUCAAAGGGGUUAGUGAGUGUAUCAUCAUGGGUAAACAGGUACCACUAGGUACCGGCGCCUUUGACGUCCUCCUGGCAAAAGACUGCGUGGCCGCCUGA